GUACUUCGCAUUUUUUGCUAGGUCUGCGCUUGCUCUAGUAGCGAUGGGUCCUUCCAGGUUGCAGCUAUGGAUGCGCUCGGUCAUCAAGCGGCGAAGGGCGUAUGGUCUCACAGCCAAGAACAAAGUGGAGCUCUCGGGCAAGGCUGGAAAAAGAUGGGUGGCGCUGUGGGGAAAUGGCGAUCAAGGCAGGCUAGGCCUCAGCGAGUCGGGCUCUCAAUUCGAGCCAGUUUUGUGCCGAGCGCUGGAAUCUCACGAGCCUUGCUCUGUCUCUUGCGGUGGUGCUCACACACUCAUCCUCACUGACAAGGGACGUGUGUUUGCAACUGGAUUGAACAGUAGCGGUCAGCUUGGAGUUCCAUUGAAGAGGGAAUCUAGCUUUGAUCCUGUGGAGGUGCAUGGGUUUCCUGAUCCUUGUGUACAUAUUGCAGCUGGACGGUACCAUUCUGCUGCCAUCACUUCAAGUGGCGAGACUUAUGUCUGGGGAAGAAACAGCGAGGGUCAGCUGGGACUCGGCAAACGUGCUAAGUCGGUUUACAUCACUCCGCAGAAGAUGGAAUCCUUGGCCGGAAUGCGCUUGAAGGCUCUGGCUCUGGGAACGGACCAUUCGCUUGGACUUGCUGAAACUGGCCAAGUUCUGAGCUGGGGAACCAAUAGAUUUGGUUGCCUUGGACACGGCGAGAUGACGGGAUUCUUUGACUUCUUUAAAGAUACAAAUGAGUACACUCCAAGGAUAAUCCACUGUCUAGAAAAGCUCCAGAUUCGUAGCGUUUCGGCCGGACUAGUGCACUCUGCGUGUGCGGAUGACAGUGGAACGAUUUACUCGUUUGGCCAAGGCUCGAUGUGUCAGCUGGGCCUUGGCAACAACAACGAUGCGUCACAGCCAUGUCCAAUUCCAGAUCUUCCUCGCGUCUCUUCCAUUUCGUGCGGAGGCUAUCACACCGGUGCUAUAACUCAGGACGGCGACAUUUAUACGUGGGGAUCUAACGAGCAUGGCUGCCUGGGCUCUGGAUUUCGUGCGAGUAGCAAGCCACUGCGUUUGGAAAGCUUGGCCGAGGCAUUCAUGUCAGAGAUAUCGUGUGGAUGGAAGCACACAGCAGCUAUAAGCGAUGGCUACAUUUUUAGCUGGGGAUGGGGAGGAUCAUAUGGAACGUACGCAACGCAAGCAGAAUCAAGCGGCGGCCAGCUCGGAGUUGGGACCGAUUUUGAUUUUUUCGAGCCUGUUCCAAUCGAGAUGGAUGAUCGGCUUUCGGCCCUUCACGUCUCCUGUGGUUUCAAUCACACGGCAGCCAUUCUCGAGGAGAUAGAGAUAUAAAAAUUCUUUGCUUGUAUUCUUUUGAAGUCACAACACGAGGUGGUCCGGCUAUUCUUUUUUCAGAC